UACUUGCAAAUCCAAUUAAGAGCCGCCACCUUGUAUGUAACUUCAUGAACAUAUCCUCUUUGUCUUGUCUUUAAAAACAACAAACCCCUCUUGCUCCACAAAAUAAACAAAAACAAAAAACUAACUACGGAACCAAACAAUUCAAAACUAACACGCGAUUCUAUCCGUGAAAAAAACAAAAAAUCAUAUUCCAUCCGAGACGCGACGACCAAACAACGAUAUAGCGAUUCACAUUGUUAGUUCAAGUGUUCGGAACUAAAUUCUGGCAAAUCAACUUUCGUCGGACACAAAUAAUAAAAUCCCACCAAACUGUCACAACUACUCGUGUUGAACUAGUUUCUUACUUCUGUCCAAUUCUAGUCAAAAGGUUUCCUUUCUUUUUAUUUUUGUCCGUUGUGGAUGUGUAUCCUCAUCAAAUUGGCUACCAACACGAACAGGACGAAGGAAAAAAAUUAUCAAAAGUCCUCAAACCAGAACUUGUGUAAAUAAAAAUAUUCAUCGAUUUCAAGUUGUAGGCUAACAACACCAAAAACAAAAAAACUAGAAACAAAACCGGGACACCACGAUAAAGGACGAAACUCCUACAAGCACGCAAUUUCAACUACUCAAUGGUUACAGCACAGAAAUGUAGCUGACCAACACCUCUCUUGAAGGUGUAUUGCGUGGAUAUAUUGAAGACUACAGGAUUUUAUCAAGUGGGAGGGUAGAAAAAAAUAACGUUUACCUAUAUAAAAAAAGGCUUUAAUUACAGCCUUUGACAUUACCAUAUAUACCUGUACCAUGCCCCCGAGUGAGUGGUAAUAGACCUCGCACAAUUAGCUUAGCGCCGACCGGCGAUUGUAUCUUAUCUCAAACUCUUGCUGCCACUCUGACCUAUAUAAAAGAAAAUUCAGUCAGUCAUGGAGGAGCAUCAAAACUUUUUAUAGCCGUCGCAUCGUGUCGGGUCGUAUUAAAGUAAAUUAUGAGACAGAUCUUAUCCAACACGUAAAGGUGCUCCAAAGACAAAAACACCACCAAAAGAAAUAGAAUGAGGAGUAUCCAAUGACACUUUUUGCUAUGAAUCAAUAGCAGCACGUUCGUUAUUGCUUAACUUUGGAAAGAUUUUUGUAUAUAAAUUCAAGAACCACCCGCAAUCUUGGUUUAGUACUUUUUGUUAACGUUCCCAUUAUUGAGUUUUGUGUGAUGGUCCAAGUGAUUCAAGUGUUAUUACUGGUCAUUGGUUACCUUGAACUUGUAAUUUGUUCAUAUUCUGAUACAAGUGAGACCAGGGAAGUAUUGCAUUUAGAUGGAAUUUGGAAUUGUUAUUGUGAAAGGGAUAGCAGACCUUUGGAAUAUCGUGAGAAGCAUGGAUUACGGAAGCUAAAUGGGAUCAUUAAAGUUCCUAUUCCUGGCAGUCUGAUUGAUUUUGAUUCCAAAAAAUGUCUAGGAACUGUGUGGUUUGAAAGAAGUUUUUUUGUACCGAAAUCGUGGAAGUACGAGCGAAAAAUUUUCCUACGACUUGAUGGUCUAGCCUCGGAUACUAGAGUAUGGAUAAACGGAGAUGACAUAGAAACCAUCAACACAAACUUUGUCGAACUUGAUGUUACUGAAAAGCUUGUUUAUGAAUCAGAAAACCGUAUCGCUUUGGAAGUGAGAAGAAUACCUACAAACCAGCAAGUGUUUCCAGGAAUUUCCCGAUCUAUUAUUCUGCGUUCGGUUCCUGAAAUUCUGUAUAUUGAAAGGGUGUCAGUGGAUUCGACUGUGACAAAUGGAACAGCUUAUAUUUCCUACAAAGCUGAAACUGGUGGAUUAUUACGACUCAAUGCUAAAUGUAUAUCGGUCCAAGUUCUCGAUAAAGAUAACAUACAAGUUGCUUAUAAUACGUCAAAAGACUCUCUCGAAGGAUAUUUUUCCAUACCAAAUUGUAAUCUUUGGUGGCCAUUGUGUAUGGAUUCUAGAGCUGGAUACCUUUAUACGUUAGUUUUUAAACUUUUCUAUAAAUACUGCGAAAGUGAGAUCAAGGAUGUUUACAGAAUGAAAAUUGGAAUAAGACCUAUAAAUUGGUCUAAUAGUUCGUUGAAAAUAAAUGAUAAAAAUUUUCUCCUACAAGGUGUUAGAGGAAGUGACGAAUGGGCUAGAAAACCUUUCAAUCCCAGUACAGAUCUCAAGGAUAUAACACUUUUAAAAUGGUUAAAUGCAAAUGCUAUCGUUACAAAUGUUCCCCCCUCUAAAGAAACAUUAGACUUGACCGAUGAAAUGGGGUUGUUUGUUAUUUUGGGAAGCCCUAAAAAUGUUCUUAAGGAUGUUAUUAUUCGAUACAGACACCAUCCAAGUGUGAUAUUGUGGUCUAUUUCAGAAGGGGAGUAUGACAACACCAACACUAGUGAAUAUCAAAGAAUUAAUGACAAUUUUAUCGAUGAUGUAAAAUGUUUAGACCCAAGUCGUCCCUUAACAGCUAAACUUUCAUUCCUUACGUCAGAAGUCAAUGCUGAAAUGAUUUCCAAAUUAGAUAUAAUUACUCUUGGUGAUGAAAAUGCAUAUUCGGAUAACGAUUCAGUUGAUAGAUAUAAUAAGCCCGUGAUUAUUAUGCAUCCAGAUGAAUUUCUUUCAGCUAAAAAUAGGAUCCGAACUAUUAACUUUGACUCGACACCAGAAGGAAAUGAGCGAGCUGAUAGUGAAAAGAGAAAUUUCUCGGGGAUUGGUGAAUUUUAUGGGAAUUUCAUUGCUUAUGAAUGCCUUAAAGGUGAAAUUUUAACAUUAGUUGAUGGAAUUUUUAAUCGAAAUCGUGAACCAACAACUGCAGCUGACUCAUUGCGUUCAAAAUUUAGACCAAAAAGAAGUCCUUGUCCUAAUCGAACGCCAAGAUGUAAAUUUAAUAAAAAUCGAAGAAAGCGAAUGCUUAAAUAAGCAAAAUAAUAAAAUUAAUAAAAAAUCGAAGAAAAUGAAUGCUUAAAUAAGCAAAAUAAUAAAAUAAAUCAAAAAAAUUCUAAGUAUUUAUCA